AGAGACUGUGAGGCAGACAGAUGUCACGCAACCUGUUGUUUGUCCAGAUGCAUUGGCAACUCUUGGCUGUCCUCUCCCUGUUUUGUCAGACGCUUAUACUGACGCUAGCUGCAAGAAAACGAAGUGACAGCUGGCGACAGGACUGCAAGAGCUGUCUGGAGUGUUCGAAGGAAAACGGUUGCCUGCGCUGCUCUGAACGGCUCUUCCUCUUCCUCAACAGAGAUGGCAUGAGUCACCACGGCUCUUGUCUGCACUCCUGUCCCUCUGGACAUUUCGGCCUCCGAGGGAAAGACGUCAACCGCUGUAUGAAAUGCAAAGCUCCAGAGUGUGAAAGGUGUUUCAACAAAGACUUUUGCAUCAAAUGUAAAGGAGGACAUCUGCUCUUCAAAGGCAAAUGCUUCAAAAACUGCCCUGAAGGCACAUUUCCCCAGUCCACAGACUGUGUUGAAUGCAUGUUCAGUCUCAUUGGUUUCUGGGGUGAAUGGAGCUCUUGUCAACACAAUGGCCUGAGCUGUGGUGUCAGAUGGGGGCAACAGAACAGGACGCGCAUUCUGUCCAGUAAAACGCAGGAAGAGACAGAGACACUGUGUCCACCUCAGACUGAGAGCAGAAAGUGCCGCAUGAGGAAGAGAUGCCCGAAAGAUAAAAGGAAAAAUGAAAGGAGAGAAGAAAGAAGAAAGGCACAGAAAAAUUUCAGUAACAGAACCAUCACGGACCCACCAUGGGGAACGUAAGAUUCUGGGAAGAUCAAGCAGGAUGAGGAGACAGUCGCUCAUGCUAUGUUUUCUUAAUUGAUAAUAUGUAAACAAGAUAUUUUUAUAUUUUUGUAUAAAUGUAUGAUAUUUGUAACAUUCCUACUUUAGAAAUCAGGAUAUGACCUGUAACAAGAGAUUACACAUCUAUUGAAAAAUCUUUUUUUAUGUAUUACAUUUUGUUUACAUUACUAAGACACAUCUUAACCUGUAUUUAUGCAUUCUUUUUGACAAGUUGGGGAGGGUUUUACCCAACACUAUCACAUGACUUAAAGAGAUAGUUCACCCAAAAAUGUAACUUCGUCAUAUUUUACUCACUCUCAUGUUGUUCCAAAGCCAUGUUAUUUUCUUUCUUCAGUGGAACACAAAAGUAGAUAUGUUACUCUCAGUCACCAUUCACUUUCAUUGCAUAUUUUUUGCAAUCAAUAAAACGGAACAGUCUGUAUUUAUUACAUGAGAGUAAGUAAAACUAUGCAUUUUUGGGGGGGGUUAACAAAGACAAGAUGCAUGUCGGGCUAUGACAAUGUGCAUUUCUGUUAGAUGAAUAACAGGCAGACAGUGUCAGUCUCUUGUCAAGUUGUUUGAGCUGUAUCUCUGCAUCUUUCUGUGCAUGCUUAGGGCAUAUUUAGCUACUUUGUGUUUUCCAGCCACAUGCUCUCCCUGUAUUUGCACUUCUUCACUAUAACUGCAUUAGUCAAAAAAGACACGGAACAAUGCAAAGUUGUGUAAAUGCCCUUGCAGUCCAGUUAUUCAGUCUCCUAUCACAUUUAGAGACUGUGGAAUCAAGUCAUGCGAUUAGCUUUUGACUUGUCAUGUAACCCAAUGAGCACAGAUUUGUUCCUUAAUUUGCAUAAAGGUAUCUAACUUAAAUGAUAAAUGUAUGUGUUUCAUCACUGGCUGCUGUUAGUUAACGUGCCAAUGUUGUGCAUAUUUAGUUGACUGAUUGUUUUGCAUUUUCAAUGUGUUGAUUUUCACAGUAUUCUCUCAAGCUGUUGAAUUGUGUUUACUGGAAAAAUCACUGUAAUGCAGAAAUGAUUAGCCCCAAAUGGACAGUUUUGAAAGUGGUAUAAAAGAGAAAGGGGUAUUUUGUGUUAUUAAACAAAGAAUUCAGAAUAAAUACCUUUUCUCAAGGGGAUAUCAGCUGUUAACUGAUGUAC